AUGUCUUCGGCCUUCAGUUAUUACUCCGGAACAACCUCCGGGAGUGGUGGCUCUUGCACUCACUCGAUAGGUAGUGAUUCCGACACGUGGUCCCGUCAUAGUAGUAUUAUGCCCCAACGCUCGCAAAUCUAUGGAACUUCUAGCGAGACCCCCGUGAUUUAUCAUCCAAGCGCAAAACAAUUUUCGUCCCAUCGCGAGGGUGGUACAAUAGACGCUCAGAUCGCUGCUGCGAGGACCUCGAAGCACGUGUCGCCCGAUCUCGAGCUGCCGAUGUCUUACAACGGGCUCCCCGUAACGGCACAUACUUCAAACGGUAUUGUUGUAUCAUCGACCGGAUCGUUGCCACGUCCACCUUCUCUGUACCGCGAAUGGGAUCAUCCUGCAUGCCUCCCUCCGGAAGCUCUCAGACCUAGUUACGACUUCGGAAAGCCCGAUAACUCGGACUACCUAGUGGAAAGGAACGGUCGACGUGCCGCCGACAAGUUCAAAGGCAGCACUCGUUACCACUCCCAGAGACGACCAUCCAACCGAGAUGAAUUUGAUGGUCCUCAUCAGCUCCUAGAGAUCCCUUCCCCGCGCAUCGUUGCGGCGCAAGCGAGGGAUUUGCCUCACCUUCCUACUAAUCUUGAUGUCUCAGAGCAAGACCGCAUCUUGAGCGCGGUGAAUGACAGACUGUCACAAUGCGCAUUUGAUUUUGUUGCAAAGUAUCAGUUUCCAAUUCCAUUGGAACCGGACAAAAGACAGGUGAGGGUUCCCUCAGACCGCGAAUGGACUGAGUGGGUAUAUCUCCUAAAAAGGUUGGCCACCAAGCGCCGCAUUCCCGCCAGGGUUCUCUAUAAUGGCCAGAUCAAGCAAUUAGUCACGGUCCUGGAAAAUUCCCUGGAAAUGAGACAUGCUGCCAAACAUCAAUCUAGACCCAUCAAGGAUGACCGGAAUGUACUUCAACUCAUCUCCGCCGGGACUCAAGUGACAAAAAUCCUAAAAGAUGCCAAUGCUAUGGAAUAUUUGGACCGUCUUUAUCUUGAUACGGAGAAACGCAUCCAUGACCGGCGCAGUCGUCGGGUGAAAUUCGCCAGCCCUUGA